AUGUCGAAAUAUUCAAAUACUUCGGAAUUUCAAAAAUUUCAAAAUCAAAAUGUUUCGAAAUCCCAAAAGUUUCAAAACCAAUAUUCAGAAGUCCCGAGAUUUUCGAAGUCUAAAAAUUUCAAAACUUCAAAUUUCGAUGCUUUUCAGAAUCGGAGAAUUCCAUUGUUUCAAAAUUCUCGAAACCAAAAUUUAAAUAUUCCGAAACUACAAAAAUUUCACUCGGAAUACUAA